AUGUCCACCGAAACGACCCUCAUCGACGACUCGGAUCCCGUCGUGCAGUAUCAAGCUGGGUGGAUGCCGGACUCAGGAAUCAUUGGCGUGUAUGGAACCAGGCAUGGAGCGGCUGCAGCGCCGCUGGAGGUCCGGCUGCCGUUCUCAGGGACAGGAGUUCAAGUGUUCGGACAAGUCGGACCGUCCUCUCUGUACGGUCAACCGACGACACAGUACGCCGUAGACGGCAAGAAAAUCAGCACCUACACCGCGCCGUUCACCCCCACAGACACCACAAGCUACAACGUCUCAUUCUUUGCGAUGCACGGGCUUAACGCCGCGGACCACGAGCUUGUUAUCACCACCACCAACGGGACUGCGCCGAACACCUUCUGGCUCGACUUCUUUCUCAUCGACGUACCCGCAGGGGGCACCGUUCCCAGCUCCACUGCUUCGUCGACGACUUCGACUUCGGUCUCCGCUUCGCCAGCGGCUUCUGCAGAUGUUGCGCCGGGCGUUACAGGGGGCAAGAAGGACAUCGCCGCCAUCGUCGGCGGGGUCCUCGGCGCGAUCGUUUUCCUCCUCCUCCUCUCCGCUGUGUUCUACCUGUGGACCCGUGUGAGGAAGUUGACUCGUGCUACAAGUGAUCCACGCCAUGUCGUUCCGUCCGAUAUCGACGAUGCAAAGUACCCCGAGUCGUCUUCCUCACCAGUCCCUCAAGAGACCUUUGCGCAUCCUCCUACCUCACCCAUGGGUGUCACUGUCGCUGCCACGACGCCAAUCGCGGGCUCUGUUCUCCACGACCGCUCACCCGAACCAUCGUCCCCUUCUCCUGAUGGCCCCGCUCCGCCCACAGCCUUGCCGUCCUCAGCAUCCCUCGAAUCCGAUGCUGAUGUCCUUGCGCCGCACACGGAAGUCUCCCGCGCGCAUUGGUACGCCGCGCCGGAGCUGCAGUCACGGGCGCAGUCUCUCCUCAGCGUAUUCUCCGCCCGUAACAGCCCUCGUCCCACCGGCAAGGUGUCCAGCCCGGGAGAACCCGCACUGGAAGGUGGCCCUGUCGUGGACUCGGGUUUGCGGCAAUACAACGAGCCGAUGCUGCCUCCUGCGUAUACUGCCGACUGA